GUCUCGAGACUUUCCUCUCUUUCACCUCUUUUUCUUCUCCUCUUCUCUUUUAUGCAUCUUAUUGUCGUCACGAUCUCACCUUCUCGUUCCAAACAAAUUUUUUCCCCUGCUAGCUUAGAAAGUGAAAGAAACUGGAGGUAGGAAGACGAGGCUUUUGUGUCUCAUCUAUGGUGGCGUCCCUCCGAAGUGGAAUCUAGGGCGCGGCGGAAAGAAGGGGAAGUGAAAGGCGGAGGACUUUUGAGUUUUAUUGGCCGAGAGGCUAGGGCACGGUGUGAUUUGGUUCGAUCUCGGUGUGGAAGCUCGGGGAAUCAACUUAUUGCGUAGUGGUAUUGUGGUUGUGGGAUUUUGGAAACCUUAGAUUUGGGUCAGGGUUGUGUGGUUGGCUGAUUAAGCUAGGGGCGGGGCUGCCCUUGCGAUUGACUGGGUUUUCAUGCUGUCAAAACCACUGCCUUGGGAUCGGAAGGACUUCUUCAAGGAGAGGAGAGGAAGCACGAGAGGUCGGAGUCUUUAAGUUUGCUGCAAGAUAGAGGACUCGCAUCAGGGUUCUUGGGAGUUUGCUCGCCGGAAUCGGCAGACUUGCGCCGUCCUACAGAAGCACGAGAGGUCUGAGUCUUUAGGUUAGCUGCAAGAUAGAGGGACUCGCAUCAGGUUCUUGGGAGUUUGCUCGCCGGGAUCGGUAGACUUUCGCCCCCCUACAGGGACACUUUUCUUUGCCAUGAGCAAUGUUGGGAUAAAGCGUCCCUGUGAGUGUACCAUUGCCCAUGAUAUAUCACUGGAAAAUGUUUCAAGGAUGCAUGAGCUUUCAGAAGCCUUCCAUGCUAUUUCCUUAAGACACACAUGCCUCUUGUCUAUCUUGGAGCAGUUUAGUAAAUUGAGUUCUAGGGCUGGAGAUCUCAGCUUCAACAAGUUGAACGGAGAGAUUCCAAAUCUUGAUGGCCUAACAAACGUGGAGGUCAUGUGUCUGACAGGCAACCGGCUUAAUGGAAAUAUUCCAGAUGGAAUCAAGGGAAGGCAGAGCCGCACGAACUUGUUCAGAAGCUUUUCUGAGGAGGGGAACUUAGAACUUGGUGGGUGCCUGGAAAACUAUCCUUGUCAAAAAGAUCGUUAUUCAUUGCAUAUAAAUUGUGGUGGAGAGAAAUCUACUGUUGGAAAUGUUGUUUAUGAAGGGGAUCAAUAUGAAGGAGGUGCAGCAAAAUUUCAUCCUAUGAUUGAUUAUUGGGGAUUUAGUAGCACUGGACACUUCUGGGAUCAUAACAGAACCAUAAAUGAUUACAUAGCACAAAAUGUAUCCGUACUUGGAAUGAACCACUCUGGGUUGUACACCAGAGCACGACUUUCUCCUCUAUCUUUUACUUACUAUGGGCGCUGCUUAGCAGAUGGGAACUAUACAGUAAAAAUUCACUUUGCAGAGAUAAUUAUCAGAGGCAAUAAAUCCUUUCAUAGCCUUGGCAGACAGAUUUUUAAUGUUUAUAUUCAGGGAAAGUUGGAAUCGGAGGAUUUUGAUAUUGUACAAGCAGCACAAGGGGUUGAAAAGGUAGUUGUAAAAGAAUUUAAAGCAGUUGUGAAGAAUAAGACUUUAGAGGUCCGCUUUCAUUGGGCUGGCAAGGGGACAACAGCUAUACCAAGCAGAGGAACUUAUGGUCCUCUCAUAUCAGCUAUUUCUGUGGAAUCUGGUUUUAAUGCAUGACUUCAUUAUAAGAUGUAAUGUCAUGGCACCUACGCUUGGACUAGUCUCUUAUUUACCCAUAUUGGAGACAUACUUCAUUAAUAACCUAGCAAGGUAUUAAGUUGUUCUUGCAUUACCUCAUUUGCAGUUUAUUUUUUUAUUAAUUGGUGUAUUUUUUUCACACUAACGAAAACCAGUGUAAGGAGUUUGCAAUUGGAACUCAAGUCUCGCAUUGAGGAGUUUGAGAAGCUUGACAAAUUCCAUAUGGAACAAAUGGAAGAAGAUGUUACCGCAAGAAAUGCCCACAUACAUCAACAGAAAGUUGGUAGUUUGGAAUGUUUUAUGGUAGCUAAGAGCAGUGCAGAAGAAUUUUCAAAAACUGAUAUUGUUGAAGGAAACAUAAUGGUAUGCUGCUGCUGAUAAUGUUAUUGUUGCUAUUUAUGCUACUCAUCCAACUCCUAUGGAGAAAUAUGGAAGUUGUGGUUGAAAAGGUUUGCAAUAGGUUUGGUGGAGUCACAUGUAUUGUUUAUAUUAUUGUUUUAAUUCUAUUUUCAUCUAUCAUGUGCUAAUAUGACAACUUAUUAUCAUGUUAGGUUUUAAUGCAUGACUUCAUUAUAAGAUAUAAUGUCAUGGCACCUACGCUUGGACUAGUCUCUUAUUUACCCAUAUUGGAGACAUACUUCAUUAAUAACCUAGCAAGGUAUUAAGUUGUUCUUGCAUUACCUCAUUUGCAAUUUAUUUUUUUAAUAAUUGGUGUAUUUUUUUCACGCUAACGAAAACCAGAGUAAGGAGUUUGCAACUGGAACUCAAGUCUCACAUUGAGGAGUUUGAGAAGCUUGACAAAUUCCAUAUGGAACAAAUGGAAGAAGAGGUUACCGCAAGAAAUGCCCACAUACAUCAACAAAAAGUUGGUAGCUUGGAAUGUUUUAUGGUAGCUAAGAGCAGUGCAGAAGAAUUUUCAAAAACUGAUAUUGUUGAAGCAUGGCCACAUUGAAGAGACAUCUUCCUAUUUCUGGACCAGAGGGACUUAAUGAGCUAAGGAAAAUUGUUGAAAGGUUUGAGGAAAAGAUUUAUUCUACUGCCACAAGCCAGGUAUAUCCAUCAUGCUAGUAUUUACUCAACCAUUCCUCAAGACCUAUGAACAUUUUUUGUAUCUAUCCUUAGUGUAAAAGAUUAAAGUGCAAAACUUGAUAUUAUCUUAUCUUACUUUGUUAUUAAUAAUUUGAUGAAUUGAUAUAUUUUUAUUUUUACUUCUAAUUCA